AUGAAGAACAAGACCUUCCCUGACUUUGACGCCGCUGUAGCAGAUGUACCCGAUGGCGCCACGAUCAUGUUUGGCGACUUUGGUGGCAUAGGUGCUCCGCAGAACCUGAUUGCUGCCCUUCACCGAAAGGGUACCAGGGGACUGACCGGCAUUUCCAACGAACAUGGGGGCACCGACGGCAGGGUGGACGUAGGGACCCUGAUCGAGGCCGGCCGCAUCAGGAAAAUGGUCUGCUCCAUUACCGCAGCAACUCAUCCUUCACGAGUCACUCCCUUUGUACGGCUCUACAAUGCCGGGGCAAUAGAUGGGGAACUGGUUCCCCAGGGGACUCUGGCGGAGAGGAUUCGUGCCGGCGGGGCCGGUAUCGGUGGUUUCUACACUCCAACUGGCGCCGGAACCGAAAUAGCCGCCGGAAAAGAGAGUCGGGAGAUUAGCGGUCGCUCUUAUCUGCUGGAGUAUCCGCUGGUUGCCGACUACGCCUUCAUACGGGCCUGGCAGGCGGAUGCCUUUGGCAACCUGCGAUUCCGGAUGGCCCAGCGCAAUUUCAACCCCAUAAUGGCCAUGGCGGCACGGGUUACCCUGGUGGAGGUAGAGAACGCCGUGGUCCCAAUCGGGACACUGGACCCUGACGAUAUUCACCUUCCAGGUGUGUACGUCGACCGGAUCGUUGAGAUACCGUCAGAAAAUCUGUUCAUUUAG